AUGAAGCUGUGCCGCACGAAUAAUGCGGUAUCUGACUGGGAACCCGACUACACCGACGAGGGUGCUCUCCAACGAAGACUAGCAAACUCAAGCUCUUCAAUCCACACUCGAUCUCAACUACUUGUCACCCCGGCCCUUCGUCACAACGACCUCGGCAAGGAGGUCGCGAUCAUGCUUGCCUGGAGUCCCAACCUGGACGGUCUCUAUGAGGACUUCUUUCUGAUAGUUUGGAGGGUCAGCAAAUUCGGGAAGUCGGGUCCAUACUGGGCUACCGAAACUCAUACAGCCCAGCUUGCCGCUUGCUUGCUCCAGAGCCCAGGUCGAGAGUGGGAAGGUCAUCAGCGCCGCGACCUCCAUCAAUAUCAAUCACCAACGCGAGCCAUAAUGCAGAACAGCAAGAAAACAACCUUGACAAAAGCCAACAACGUCUAUCAUUUCUCUCCUCUCCCUCGCCAGUGCCAUAUAGUCAGGCUGCCAGAGGUGUAG